AUUAAUUCAAUGUCACAAGAACAUGAGGUGGUAUUACAUAUUCACGAUCAAAUUAACAUUAACUUAGCUGCCAGAGAAAAGAGAGUGAGAAAAAAAUAUAUUUAAAAAUUACAUACAUUUCAAGGAUUUCAGAGCAUUACAUGUUUUCAGUGCUUUUUUUCUGUUUGUUCCAAUAUAUUUACAUAUAAUUUUAAGUCAUUUAUAAAAUGUGGAAAAUUUGGUUUACUUUGAGCCGCGCAAAAGAAUGCUGUGUGUGUACCUUUUAGGAACUGUGACGUAAUCACAUGUACAAGCGCAUGAUUGGCUGGUUUUGUCUCCCGGCAUUCAGCUGUAAACAUGGCGCAAGAACCCUGGAAUAAAACUUGUAUCCCGUUUCCAAGUGCCGUUUCUUUGAGUCGAAUCCCAUUUACUGACUCUACUGAUCUCUUGAUUGAACGUCUGCUGACUGACUGUGAGAAAGUUUUGACCCUGUUAUGUAGUGAAGUCCUACAGACAGAAAUCCGUGUUCUUUACGAACUUCUUUAUGUUUUGAACAACGGCUUUAGACAACACAAGCCAUUCAGAGCAUUAAAACAGGUUGAACAAUGCAUACACCGCUUGAAAGAGAUGAAGUUGCAAGCAGCUGUGGAGGAUCUGAAGGAACUGUGUCCAGACAAAUUUCAGAGGGACACUGGAGCAGAGGUUGGGGAGUGUGACGUUCCCAGUCAGCCCAUGUUGGAGUGGCUCUGUCUCAAACUACUAGGAGCCUCCAGUCUUUUAGCCCGAACGCUGGAGCGCUGCACCCAAGCUUUCACGCUGACACGGCGGCAUCUGCUGCUAAGCGAGUUCGUUGUGCUGAAUGUGGUGAUAACCAGCAUGCUUAGUCGUCUCUGGGUGUUCUUCAGAGGUAUUUUGAGAGCCCUCAUCCCAGUGUACAGAAGAACCACUCACCUCCUCCAGAAGGUGUCUCAGUCUCAGCCCAUGGCUUACCUGACUGACUUCACCCUUCCUGGGGAGCUGAAAGACUUCCUCUGCCUCUCAUACCCAGAUCUACUGUUGGAAGAAGGCACCAAAGACACUUUAAGGGCCAAAAAAGGGAAACAAAAGUCCAGCUUUUCUCUCCUUUCCAGGUUGUUUGAGGGUAAAGGGCAUGAAGAGGGUAAUGAAGAAGAGGAGAGAGAGAUGAUGCCAAUAAUAGCUGCUGGUUAUGAUGAAGGUUCUAGUCUGGACCUGGGGGCAGCAGUUUUACAGCGACGGCCAGAUAUCUCAUCCUGUGGACUGAACAUUAAGGCUGUGCUUCAACAAUCUUGUAAAUCCACCAAACAGUUGUCUCUGGAGACAGAGAUGAAAACGGACAUCUCAAGUCAAGCUGCAGUCUUUCAAAAGAGGAAGUUCUUGAAGUCACUGAAGAAGGUGUCUUCUUUCAGAAAUAUGGCUGCCCAUCUGAAGGAAAUGAUGCACUGGUGCCGGAGCUGUAAGUUCAUCCAAAAACGUAAGCACCUGGCCUUCUUGCACCUGAGAUGUCUGAGAAUGGAAAGUCUGGAAGCUGAAGGUGUCAGGUUGGAGAAGAGAUUGAAGAGGUUUAAGUUAAAAGUUCAAAAGGCAUUGCUGCUUCAAAACACCUUGCCACAAAAACAUUCCAGUUCCUUCAUUGCACUUUGGAGAACUUGGAGGCAUCAUGGAAGCUUCAUGGCACGCUACAGAACUGCCAGACGUAGAUUUACGUUGUCCAGGAAGUGUUCUAGACCAGUUAAAGGCUUGUUUGUUUCAUUGAAACCCAGGCCACUGCAGCAGACUUCAAAAGAAGAGGUAUCAGGACACAAUAAGGUACCUGGAGCUGAGGAAAAAAUGGACUCACAGACUGCCUUGCAGAAACCUAAUGUGCUAAACGAUGAUAUUGAUGAUAUUUUUUCAUCGUUAGGAUUUUAAGUGGUUCAUAGCCUUGGUUGAAUGCAUGCUUUUUUUUUUUUUCUUUCUUUUUUUUUCUUUUUUUUUGACAAACCUGGGCACAAAAAUUGACCACAUCACUGUAGUAAGAUACAUUUAAAUAAAAUGGUGUACAUUGUAAUUUUAUAGAAAAAAAAGUUUUUUAAUUUUGGAUUGACAAAAAAACACAUGAUUGACAAUGAAAUGUGAAAAUCCAAAGAAAUAAACAAAGAAUAAAACAAGUCAAAAGGAAGUUUAUGAAUAGUUUGAAAAUCACUCGAAUUUGAGUUUUACUACAUAAACACAAAUGUUCGGUUACACUUUAUUUUCAUAGUCAACUUUUGCAACUACAUAUCUACUAACUCUGAGUAGACUCUUAGGUUUCUGUUUGCAAAUUAUAUUAAUGUGUGAUUAAUGUAUGAGGGCUUAAAGGAAAGCUGAAUCAUCAUUUGUUAUUCAAUGUCUUGUCUUAUAUCGAUAUUAAAAUGACACAAUGGAAAUCAA